AUUUCGUUUUGAUUAUUCCUCCUUAUAUUUUAAGCCUUGAAAAACUCUUAACAAAAUGCAGAAGUUUCAACUUUUGCAUUUGUUCAUCUUGAUUUCAUUAACAACGAAAUUAACAGAAGCUCAGAGUUCCAUCAAGACUGGAUGCAGUCGUAGGUGUGGGAACGUUUGGAUUCCAUUCCCUUUUGGGAUUGGAAGAAACUGUUCUCUAAACAAAUGGUACACUGUUGAUUGUAACUCCUCGACACCAUAUCUAUCUGCACUCAACCACUUGGAGAUACUCCGUGUAGACAUAUAUCAACAAACGGUCACUGUUAAUGGCUCCAUGAACAUUGAUCAUUGUGAGAAUCCGGUCCAAAAUAGCAAUCUUGUGUUAAGCGGAAGUCCAUAUCGAUUUUCCAGACUUAAUAACAUAUUUGUUGUUGAGGGAUGUGGAAAUGGCGUCAUCAUGGACAACGGGAGUAUUGUCUCUGGUUGUUCAACGACUUGUCAAGGUGACAUUGUUAGUGACAGGAAGAAUUGCUUUGGCAUCGGUUGUUGCCAAUCUAUAAUUCCUUAUGAUCUCGAGUCGUUUACCCUGAAUCUAAUAGGCUUAGAAAGGCGAAGUGGAAAUCAAUCAUGUGUCUCUGCCAUGGUGGUGGAUUCGGAAACAUACUCUAGUGGCGUAUUUUAUGGCCAAUCUGUUCCGAUAUCACUUAAGUGGAUUAGAGAAUUCAAUCGUAAUUCAACAGGAUGCAUACAUUGUGAACAUAAUGGAGGAGUCUGUGAUCCAUCUCCUGGCUCGAUAUCUGGCAUGACUUGUCAAUUUUAUGGAGACAACCCCACACUAGAGGGUACUAAUUUUGGAGCAGAAGCUCCGUUUUACUUGGAUUCGGGAUGGUUUGAUGCAUGUGGGGAGGUCUUGAUUCCACCCCCUUUCACGAUUGGAAGAAAGUGGUCUAGCAGCGAUUGGUAUACUAUUGAUUGCAACUCAUCAAAACCAUAUCUAUCUGCACUCAACAAUGUAGAGGUGUUGGGUAUAAGCUACGAACGUCAAACAGUGACUGUUAAUCUCCCUAUGAUUUCAGAUUGCCAGAAUCAGGUCCAAUAUAGCAAUCUUGUCCUACGUAGAACUCCCUACAAAAUUUCUGGAUUAGCUAACAUGCUUGUCGUUGAGGGGUGUGGCAAUGCAGUCAUCAUGGAGAAUGGGAAUAUUGUGACCGGUUGUUCAACAACUUGUCACAAUGACACUGUUAGUGAUAUAAACAACUGCUUUGGCAUAGGUUGUUGCCGAAUUACAUUAAGUUCUAAUGAUCUCAGGUCAUUUACCUUGAAUCUGACAGGCUUGGAAAGGCAGAUUGGAAAUGGAAAAUGUGGAUCUGCCUACUUCGUAGAUAGGAAAUCCUUUGUUGAAGAACCAGAAUGUAGAGCGUGUAAGUAUAAUGGAGGGGAAUGUCACUAUGAUCCGGGUGUAAUCUCUAACAUGACUUGUCUUCAUCCCGACCGAACAAGUGAAAGCAGACGUAGCAACAAUUCACUAGGUGUUAUUCUAGGUGUUAGCAUAAGCAUGGGGUCACUUUUCCUCAUGGUGAUCAGCUACGCAUUAUAUAAAAUAAUCAAGAAACGUGAAGCAAAGAGAAGGAAAGAAAGAAUUCUUGGUCGAGGAGGUCAAGGCACAGUAUAUAAAGGCAUGUUAACUGAUGGAAGGAUUGUAGCCAUCAAGAAAUCAAAGGUGGUUAGUGAAAGCCAACUUAAACAGUUUAUUAACGAAGUGGUCAUUCUUUCACAAGUCAAUCAUAGAAAUGUGGUCAGACUACUCGGAUGUUGCCUAGAAACAGAGAUGAGACUACAAAUUGCUAGAGAGGUUGCGGGAGCCCUUUCUUACUUACAUUCAUCAAGCUCCAUUCCAAUAUACCAUAGAGACAUUAAGACCACUAAUAUACUUUUGGAUGAAAAAAGUUUAGCUACACACUUUGUGGUCGCCAUGGAAGAAGGACGUAUAUUGUCUAUUUUGGAUGAAAUGAAUGUUAAAGAGGGUUCAAUGAGUGAGUUGUUAUCAAUAGCAAACCUGGCAUUGCGAUGCUUGAAUUUGAAUGGAAAAAAUAGGCCAACAAUGAAAGAAGUUGUUAUUGAGUUAGAAGGCAUGAGAUUGUCGCAUGUUUCCUCUACAGUUCCAAAUAAUUUUGUACAUAUGAAGUAUGGUGAGCAAGUAAAACAAAUAUAUGUUGGGUCAACAUCAACAUCAUUGACAUUCGAUGAUGACCUUUGUCGAUGA